AGAAAAGUGAACGAAUAAACACGAGAGAAAAUUAGCAAAUCGUAAAACAGAAAUAGAAAAAUGAUCUUGAGGCGAGCUGUUGUCGCCCGAUUGAUCGACUUCUGACGAUUUUAAUCGAUUGAUUGACAGAAAAUUUUUUAUUUAUGCCUUCGUCCGGAAACAAAUCCCCUGAGGGCAACGAUAUUAAAUUCAGCCCUAAUGAAGAGUAAUCUACACUGAAAUCUCGAAUGUCUUCCAAAUGGUAGAAAAUAAUUUUGCAGUUUCUUCAAAGGAAUAAGGAACACUUAUUAAUGAAAUUUUACAAAUAUCAGUUAUUAAUUAAUAAUGGAGGACAACAGAAAAAUUGUAGUGCUGCACCACGACCGGAAUUAUCUGGUCAUUGACAAGCCUUAUGACAUGGUUGUGAACAGCAAUGACUCCUCCAAAAUUACUCUGCAGACAGAGAUCAAGAGAUUAUUUCCCCAUCUGGCGAAUCCAGGAUUGAGGCACGAGUUUUAUUUUGUUCACAGACUGGACUACGCCACGAGUGGAGUCAUCUGCGUGGCUCUUACCAGGAACUCAGCUAGAGCUGCUUCAGUGACUUUCGAGAAGAGGUGUGCCAAGAAAUAUUACCUGGCACUGGUUCAUGGCCAUGUGGAAGAAGAUUGCCUCGUUGUUAGAGAAGCUAUUGGUGAUGACAUUCGAGAGCUCCUCGGCAGCAAGAGGAUGUGCACAAGUAGCGAGUAUUGUAAAAAUCCUAGAGACUGUUUCACAGCAAUACUAGUCCUCGAAAAAGGUCUUCGUAAUGGAAAACCAGCGACAAAAGUGCUGCUACGUCCUGGAACAGGACGUAGACAUCAGCUACGUGUCCACUGCUCCCACAUAGGGCACACCAUCAUCGGAGACUACACCUACAGCGAUCGUCAGGAUCACGAGCCCCACAGAACUUUUCUCCAUUCAUUCAGACUGAUCCUGGAGACUGAUAUCGUUAAUCUGGACAUCCAAACUCCAGACCCUUUCGACCCAUCAGAUGACAGAAACAAGUGGACCCCCACAGAAGUCCUCAGGGGCAUCGACAAAGAGACAUUCUCAGCCAUCGACAAAUUAUUUCCAUGAAGAACAAUUUUUUUUCUACGUUUUGUUGAUUCCGUACUGUUUAAUAAAGACUAUUUUCAUAAUAAAACCGACGAUCCAAAGAC